AUGAUGAUCCUCCGAUUCCAGUCGAAAAAUGGGCAAUUCCGCCUUCAAGUCGAGCCCAACACGGAAAUCCCCACCAUCCUGCCCGCGGUGCUCGAAAAGCUGCCGGCGGACACGAUUCCCAGCUCCGUGACCAUCAGUCCCAAGCCGACGGGAGGCGAAGCGCGGCCGAUUGAUUCAUUAAAGGCCGUCACCUUUGCACGUCUCGGUCUCACACACGGCACACAAAUCUACCUCGAUUACUCCCAACAAGCCGCCACCGCCACAAACGGACAUUCUGUCGCCGCCAACAAACUCAGCGGAAAUGCCGUCAAGGCGGAAGAGCUGGCCACGAGCGUCAAGAUCCCCAUCAGCGCCACCGCACCCAAGCUGAUCAAGAAUCCCUGGGAGUCGGUCAAACAAUCCGCCCUGGAUGAGCGGUUGGAUCAGCAGGAUGGUAAAAUCAAGAGGAAGCGCAAUGAAAUGAUGUGCUCGCACGGAGCAAAGGGCAUGUGCGACCACUGCAGUCCCCUCGAGCCCUACGACAAGACCUACCUUGAUGACAACAAGAUCAAGCACCUCUCAUACCACGCAUACCYCCGAAAGGUCAACCAGGGCAAAAACAAGUACCAAUCCGGCAGCUCGUACAUGCCACCCCUCACCGAACCAUACUUCCGUGUCAACCCCAAUUGCCCCUCCGGACACGAGCCCUUUCCCGCCGGAAUUUGCACCAAAUGCCAGCCAUCGGCCAUCAGUCUGCAACCGCAGGAAUAUCGAAUGGUCGAUCACGUCGAAUUCGCGCAGUCGGAGAUUGUCAACAAAUUCCUCAACUUCUACAGAGCGGGUGGCGCGCAGCGGAUAGGCUAUCUCUACGGACACUACGAGGCGUAUGAUCUGGUUCCCUUGGGAACAAAGGCGGUGGUCGAGUCCAUCUAUGAGCCGCCACAGGACGAUGAGGUGGAUGGUGUGACCUUGGGCGAUUGGGAGAAGGAGGAGGAAAUCGACAAGAUCGCCGAGUCGUGCGGUCUACAACGUGUGGGCGUCAUCUUCACCGACCUCGUCCGACCGGAAGACCCCGAACAAGGCGACGCCGUCUGCAAACGCCACAUCGACUCCUACUUCCUGUCUUCAUUAGAGAUUGUGUUUGCCGCACGCUACCAAGCCAGAUAUCCGCGCCCAUCAAAAUGGAGUGAAACGGGACAAUUCGGCAGCAACUUUGUCACAUGCGUCAUAUCCGGCGACGAUACCCGCGCCAUCGCAAUCUCGGCCUACCAAGCCUCCAACGCAGCAGUGGAGAUGUGUGUGGCGGACAUUGUUGAGCCCUCUGCAGAGCYCAGUGUGAUGUUGGUGCAGGAUGAGGAGGAGGUGGAUGCGCUGGGGAGGAAGCGAUACAUCCCAGAAGUCUUCUACCGAAAGGUCAACGAGUAUGGUCGGAAUGUUCAGGAGAACGCCAAGCCCUCGUUCCCUGUGGAGUACCUUUUGGUGACUCUCACCCAUGGCUUUCCAAACGAGAGCUCACCYAAAUUCGCCAAGCUCGACUUCGCCAUUGAGAACCGCGACGCAUUGGGCGAGCUUCAGGAGACGCGGGAUUUACAGAAGCUGCUCAAAGCCGGCGCGAAUCGCAUCGCCCUGGAUACCCCGCAAGGUGUGGUGGCAGUCUCGGAUUUUCAUCUACUCUGCUACGUGCACUCACUGGGAAUCUUAUCAGACGACGAAAUGAAACUCCUCUGUCAGACGGCGGUGGCCAAGGACGUGGCCAUGGGCGCGGCGUUGAUGCAUACUCCAGGCUGGUUGACGCUGGUGGCCUUGUUGGAGGAAUUCAAGGAUCGGCCUGUGAAGCGGUUCAGCGAGGACUCGUCGACGGCUUCUCUGGUCAAGAGGGUGCGAGGAGUGGAUUUGGGUGCUGGUCCCGGUGCGGCGAAUGGGAGAUGA